GGUGUGGUUUUCUGAGUCUGGAAAAUAGUGUAUCAAUCUCUUCUGCCCGAGUUUCAACUGAAAGAAGAGACCUGGUGGACAUGUUCGCAAGAGCCACUACGAACUUUGUUUCCGAGAUUGACCCCAGCGGUUGUCUGAUAGCGGUGUCCAGUCUGAUUGACUCUGAUAAGCUGCGGCCGCUGUCUUUGAUUAUAAAACGCAAACGAUUCUGGUUCUGGCAGCGUCCCAAAUACCAGCCGUCAGACUUCACUCUAAACGAUGUUCUGACAGCUGACAACCCGAUUACACCAGUUGUAACAGAGAGGGAAUUUGUGACGUACAGUGAAUCCUGUGGAGAUAGCAUACAGGCAAAAGCAGAGGCCAAACUGGGGCCUGGAAAUGGGAGUAUUGAAGGAAAGGAUACCUGCAAACUAAAGACGUCCUUUGGUAAUCUAAAGAAAUGUGAAGUGGAUGUUCAGAAACUACUGCGGGACUCUAAAGACAGGGUUCUAGAUCUCCAGCACAGUCUGAUCCAACAGACGAUGGAGAAGAAGAAUGCCGUAUUUGGGCUGGUGAAGGAGUUCAUUGUGACAACACAGCCGUGUUCCGUGACUGAGGAGGUGCAAGAGGAGGCGGGUUGUGGAGUCUUUUUGAACAUGAGUAAAUUGAAGAGGAUCCAGGUGUCGGUGACUGAGAAUGGACAAAUCCAGACUGAUGUUAAUGUGUCUGAGGAGAUCCCGGUCAACACCGUCCUGGCAUACAGCCUCACAGAGCUGGAGGUGAAGUCGUCAGGACACUAUGAGCUGUGUCUGCUCCGUGACACAUCAGGGGGUUUUGAGGUGGAUGGACCAAUCGUUAAGAAGGGCAUGGUGGGAAUUUCUUGUGACCCAGUACAGCAGUCCAAACUCCCACUACAGGAAGAGACGGCCGGGCUGCAGACUGAGCUCAGAGUGAUGCGUGAUCUCCCAGCAGCAACACGCUCCUCACUCUUCCAACACCUCCACACGCUGAUGCAGGACAGAGUGGCUCUGAGCAAGCUUGAAAGCAUAGUUCAUGGACUGUGUCUUGGUGAGUCUCCUGAUCGUGUUGAGCUGGAUCAGAUGUUGCCUGUGUUGGCUGCAGAGGUGAAGUUGGUGUUAACUCUGCUGGAGGAGUCGGGCGGAGCAGCUGGUCCACAGUGCCAGACUUCAGCCUCUACAGCCGUUUACAUGCUGAUCAGCGCCCUGGACGAGCUGCCGGACUGGAGUUUAUCUCUGCUUUCGUCCUGCCUCACUUCUCCAUCUCUCCAGGCCUUGCUGCUGCUGGUGCAGGGCUGGGCAGAACAGCGCAGGUUGUGUGUGAAGGACAGUGGGUUGAAUGCCCUGGCUGAUGAGGAGGUGUAUGAGAGAGUCUGUGCACUCUUUAGUUCCUGUGAUGGGGCUAUGAAGAGAGAGGAGGACUCCCUCAUCAUCACACACACCCACCACACACACCAGCCCCUCCUCCUUUACGUCGCCAUCACAGGCCUGGCCUGUCUGGGACUCGCUCCACAGCUGUGAUGGUGCUGUGGAUGUGUCACAUACGACCCACUCAGUUCCUUCACUUCAUGUCCUGAUUUAUGACUGUGCACAGCCUCCCACAUUCACUGGCAACUGCACUGAACAAGCAAAAAGCUGCUUUCCUGUAGAACCUUACAUUUUGAAUAUUUCCGUACUGUGUUUGUAAUAGUACUAUGCAUGUCUCCAUGCCUGGGCCAGACCCUCACACAGAGUUUUCACACUGUUUGGUACGAUAAGCUCAACUGACCUCAUCCCCUGGUCUGCUGGUUUUUUAUUGAUCAUUUAUAACUGAACUAAACUGAACAUAUGAUUUAUAACUGAACUAAAUGUGUGUUUGUGUAUGUAUUCCAAUUUACUCUACACUCUUGAAUGUGGACACAACAAUAAGAUUAGACACUGAAAUCUGAGGGAUUCGACUGCAGGCAGGAAUGCUGUAUGUGGUAAAUGGCAUGUUCACCACUCAGCUGUGUUUGGUAUGAGAGGAGUGACCAGUGGAGUA